AUGUGCAGAGAAACCCGCUUAGAUUUGAAAAUUAAUAUCCAAACAGACUCCCAAUUAGUCGAAAAAACAUCAGUUUUCUGCAACAGGAUCUAUCACCCAAACCCAUCAUCAAACUUGUAUUCAUCCAUUAGAGAUCGCAUCUCUGAUGGUGCACCAAAAGAAGCUCUUUUAAUUUACACCCAAAAUCGUCGAAACCCACUUAAUCUGCUGAGUGUACUCCCUUUGGUUUUCAAAGCUUGUGCAAUUCUCUCCCUGAAUAACUACGGAAAGUCGCUGCAUUCCGAAUCAAUCAAAGCUGGACUGCUGUCUGAUGUAGUGGUGGGAACCUCAAUGGUGAACAUGUAUGGUAAAUGCUGUAACGUGAUCGACGCCCGCAAAGUGUUCGAUGAAAUGCCUGUGAAGAACGUUGUCACAUGGAAUGCCAUGAUAAGUGGAUAUAUGAAGAACAGAGAAACACAACCUGCCUUACAGUUAUUUAACAAGAUGUCUGACAGGACAUCAGUUUCUUGGAUCGAAAUGAUCACAGGGUAUGCAAGAACAGGGGAUACAAUCAUGGCAAGGUCUUUCUUCGAUCAAGUUCCAUUCCCACUGAAAAAUGUGAUGACUUGGACUGUUAUGGUUGAUGCGUACGCAAGUAAUGGAGACAUGAAAGCUGCUGAAGAUGUAUUCGAGGCCAUGCCAGAAAGAAACUUCUUCGUUUGGUCAUCAAUGGUUUCAGGGUAUUUCAAGAAAGGUGAUGUGGAAUCCGGGGAAACCAUCUUCAAUCGGAUUCCAUUCCGGAAUCUUGUGAACUGGAAUUCGUUGAUUUCCGGGUACUCUCAAAACGGUCUUUGUGAGAAAGCUCUAGAAGCAUUUGCCAAAAUGGAAUCCGAUGGGUUUGAACCAGAUGAAGUCUCGUUUACAAGUGCUUUAUCGGCUUGUGCCCAAUUGGGGUCAUUAAAAACAGUCGAUAUGUAUGCAAAAUGUGGUGAUUUGAUGAAUGCAAGAUUAAUAUUUGAAGACAUGAUGGAAUCUGAAAGAAACGAUUCUUGUUGGAACGCUAUGAUUUCGGGAUUUACAAUCCAUGGUCAUUGUAGAGAAGCUCUUGAGUUUUUUGAUAGAAUGGAGAAAUCUAAAGUGACACCUAAUGAAAUCACAUUUUUAUCGGUUUUAUCGGCUUGUGCACAUGCGGGAUUUGUUGAAGAGGGAUUGGAGACUUUUGGUAAGAUGGGGAAAUAUGGUUUGGUGGCUAAUGUGAAGCAUUACGGGUGUUUGGUUGACAUUUUGGGCAGGGCGGGCAGGUUGAAAGAUGCGUAUCGGGUAGUGACCGAGAUGCCCGUGAGACCGAAUGAGUCGGUUUGGGGGGCUUUGCUUGGUGCAUGUCGAGUUCACUCGGAUAUGGAAAUGGCAAACCGGGUGGUUGAGAAAGUGAACGCCGAGUUAACUCAGUGUGGUUAUGUGGUUAUGUCAAAUAUGUAUGCUGCUUCAGAAAGAUGGGAAAAGGCAGAAAGUUUGAGGAAUUUGAUGUUUCAUGAAAGGGUUCAGAAAACAGUCGGGCUUAGUUCAGUUCACUUGAAUGAUUAUGAUGGGAACUGGAGCUAG